UUGGCCGACAAUGUUUUUACAUUUCUGGUCUUAGAAAACCGAGACGACAAUUGGUGUUUCUCCAAAUGUCUGAGUCUCUCUCCUUCUCCAGUCCUCGCUCCGAGGUUCUAGCCGAGGUUCUAGCGUGAAGGUGGUGGGUGUGGUUUAUUUAGAUACCUUAAUUAAUUAAUUAAUUAAUUGACCUACCUUCCAGAAAUGAAGUAUGGCCAGUGAUCUAAAGACAUAUAUUAGGAUUAGGUCUAAAGCUCAGGCUAAAUGGCUUAGGUUUCAUGGUUACUUUUGCUGCGGGCCCAGCCUUAAAGCAAUAGUCACUCCAUGGUGUCCUUUCAUACCACAAGAUGCCCCACCUCCACACUCAGUGCCUUACAUGCAAAUGCACUUGAUGAAAGAGUCUAGAAGUGAUACUGUUGAUGGCAUAUAUCAGAUAUACAAGGAUAGAGAUAAACUUGAAGUUCUCUUCAUUAUUGCUAGAGAGGAGCAACAGCAGCUAUUCUCACCUCCAGAUCUUCGUUUUAGGAUUAUAUACAUUUCAAGGAGACAUAAGAAAGAUGUAAUGGAACUGGCAGAGAAGGGAUGUGAUCUCGAAGCUACACUUAAUAUCACUGAGUCUAAAAGUGAACUUGGUGAAGCUUUACUUCCUAAAGAGUCAGAGAUAUAUACUGCUUUACUUCAUGCUGUGCAUUAUGUUAUUGAGAACCGUGUUACUGUGUCAUUGGCUUCAGGAAUUCCUGAAAUUUGUCCCGACGAUAAGAGACUCCUUUCCUUUCUUUUGAAAUGUCUCAAUUAUCAGUAUAUAGAGGAGCAUGUCAAUCUAAAAGCAUUAUAUUCCAGUGUAGACCAUAUUUUUCACCUCUUGCAGCAGCCAAUCCACUUUGAUUACAUGUUUCCUAAGGACUUCAUCUUUUAUAUUGCCUUUGCUUAUACCAACUAUACCAAUGAAUCCGUAGAGAAAAGUGCUCAUGUAGUUAUGCUUCAGUAUCUGCAUAAAUUAAAAAAUGUUCCGAUAGAGACUGUAGCAGAGCAAGUGACAUACUUUUUAACACUUGGAGAUUUUUUAGUUAACAUGGGUGGUAUAAACAAUGUAUGUAGUGUUUUUGACCACACCGUAAAAUCAUUUUUAAAGCAUUGUGAAUUGUAUGUGAAAGCAGGAGGAGUUUCUGAAUUGUUUCAUGUGGCUCUUUUAUCAAUAUCUAUUGCUGUCAAGAUUAAUAAUGCUGAUAAACUAAAAUCAACAAAAAAGUAUAAUGAUAUUUGGAACAAGCGAUUGACUGAGUAUUACAAGUCUGGUUUCAAUCAGGUUGAGUUGCGUUGCCUAGAGGAAGGAUUGAAAGCAAUGACAAUAAUACUGGAAGGCUCUCCACAUUUAAUGGCUGGAUGGAAAGAUUUUUAUGUCAUUUUUUCUAGCAAAGUUCACACUUUGGAAACCAUGAAAGAAUUUAUUACUCAAAGUGUGAAGUAUCUGAUAAGAUCAGGAGAAGAUGUUUCGUUUAGAAUAGAUUUUCUGCAGCCAUUGACAUAUAUGUGCUCGAAUGCUUCACGCAAGAAAAAGAUGGCAAGUCAUUUUAGUGUUGAUGCUAAUAAUGUAAUAAAUGAAGGAAAAGAAUUUUUAGCAUGCCUGAUUUCGUUAAUUGAUGAGCAAAAGUGGAAUGGAUAUGACUACUAUAUGAUACUUGAGAGUUGGAUGAGAAUCAUUUUUAAUCUAAUCGAUCUAUCAGAACAAUUACAUAAAUCUCAGUUAUUGCAAUGGAUACGUGAGGGACAGAUCAAUUCAAGCUACUUUGACUAUGAAUAUAGUUUUAACAAAAAAUUGGAAGAUUUCCUGUUAAGGUCUCAAAAUUUGUCAGCCGAAUCAUUAGUUAGCAUUUUAAGUGCAGUAUCAAGUAAACAUUUUGACAAUGCUAAGGUUAUUAUUCAUUUUCAAGAUAAUUUAUGCAUUCAGUAUUAUUCAUAAUAACCUGA